GAUUAGGAAAUCUUGAUGCCCUCUGUCGAUUCAGUCAACAAAACGAAUGCCGUCUGCUCCGUGCCAGGCGGUGUUUUAGGGGCUGAGGAUGCGGGGGCGAGUGAACCGGGCCAAGCAAGCCCCUGCCCUGUGCAGCCUCUGUGCUAUUGGAAGAGUCCGGGGGCGGGGAGUAAAAUACCAGAAACUCAGCCACCUGUGACGAAUUUGAGUGUUUCUGUUGAAAACCUCUGCACGGUCAUAUGGACAUGGGAUCCUCCCGAGGGAGCCAGCCCGAAUUGCACCUUACGGUAUUUUAGUCAUUUUGACAACAAACAGGAUAAGAAAAUUGCUCCUGAAACUCAUCGUUCAAAAGAAGUACCCCUGAAUGAGAGGAUUUGUCUGCAAGUGGGGUCCCAGUGCAGCACCAAUGAAAGUGACAAUCCUAGCAUUUUGGUGGAAAAGUGCACCCCACCACCUGAAGGUGAUCCUGAGUCGGCUGUGACUGAGCUACAAUGUGUUUGGCACAACCUGAGCUACAUGAAGUGUACUUGGCUUCCUGGAAGGAAUACAAGCCCUGACACCAACUAUACUCUCUACUAUUGGCACAGCAGCCUGGGAAAAAUUCUUCAAUGCGAAGACAUCUAUAGAGAAGGUCAACACAUUGGUUGUUCCUUUGCUCUGACUAAUUUGAAGGAUUCCAGUUUUGAACAACACAGUGUCCAAAUAGUGGUCAAGGAUAAUGCAGGAAAAAUUAGACCGUCCUUCAAUAUAGUGCCUUUAACUUCUCAUGUGAAACCUGAUCCCCCCCAUAUUAAGCGUCUCUUCUUCCAAAAUGGUAACUUGUAUGUGCAAUGGAAGAAUCCACAGAAUUUUUAUAGCAGAUGCUUAUCUUACCAAGUAGAAGUCAAUAACAGCCAGACUGAGACGAAUGAUAUAUUCUACGUUGAAGAGGCCAAAUGUCAGAAUUCAGAAUUUGAGGGAAACCUGGAGGGUACAAUUUGUUUCAUGGUCCCCGGCGUUCUUCCUGAUACUUUGAACACAGUCAGAAUAAGAGUCAGAACAAAUAAGUUAUGCUAUGAGGAUGACAAACUCUGGAGUAAUUGGAGUCAAGCGAUGAGUAUAGGUGAGAAUACCGACCCCACGUUCUAUAUAACCAUGUUGCUCGCCACUCCGGUCAUCGUUGCAGGUGCCAUCAUAGUCCUUCUGCUUUAUCUCAAAAGGCUCAAGAUCAUUAUAUUCCCUCCAAUUCCUGAUCCUGGCAAGAUUUUUAAAGAAAUGUUUGGAGACCAGAAUGAUGAUACGCUGCACUGGAGGAAGUACGACAUCUAUGAGAAGCAAACAAAAGAAGAAACGGACUCAGUAGUGCUGAUUGAAAACCUGAAGAAAGCCUCUCAGUAAUGGGGAUAACUUAUUUUAGCCUUCAGCAUGACCUUGUAAAGAUUCAUCCCAUUCUGCGUUUGUGAUCGGGGAACUCGUUCAAUGGAAACUAAAACUACUGGGCCAUUUAAAAACAGGCAGCUCAGAAGAGCCACAGUUGUUAUGUUGAGUCGUGCACUGAGAAACUAAACACAAGGGGCUCUUUGGUGAAGAGAGGGGAAUCCUUGUUGAAUUAUAAAAGCAGACAUCCCUUGCGAAGGCUUCAAAGGAGGGGACAAAGCAGCCAGCAAUGAUGAUGGUAGAGUUAAUCUUAUCAAGAGUUGGGACAACUUCUGAGGGAUCUGUGCCUGCUUUGUAUUCUUUGUGUCAAACAAUACCAACACAUUUUAUUUGUUGUGUGAAACUCAUUUUGGGUGCAGUUGCUAAUGCCAAACUUGAGUCACAGAGAACAUCUAGCAAAUGAAAUUGGUAAAAAUCUAUUAUCUGUUGUUUAGGAUCUCAUUGAGGAAUGUUUGCGGCUCUUAAAACUUUUAGCAGUCUGGAAUCAUCCACCCCUUGAGCAGCAAUUUUCUCCACUUUGAAAGGCCCAGGCAUCAGUGUUGGCCAUGAGAGAUGACAUUUAGGGAAACAGCAGAGGCAGCUCCUUUACCUUUCAAAGCUGCGGCAGGCUUUUUGGGGCAGUGGAGGUAGAAAGACUUGUUGGGUAUGAGAGUUUGAACCCCACACCAUCUCCCACAAUGGGUCAUGUCUUCUUAAUCUCUGCCGAUCAGAUAUUCACCAGGUGUGCCUGUGCUCAGCCCCUGGCUGUGAGGCAACACUCGAAGGGUUUGACAGUCCCGUGGAGACUCCUCUGUUCUUACCAUUUGAUCUCCACCGGUCAUUUGCCAGACCCUGGUUCCCACACCCAGUCUCGCCCCUGUCGCAUUCGCCCACAUUCCUGUCAGCGUGUCUUUCCCCCAGUUCAUCAGAAAUUAGAAUUUAAAGCUGCUCAGAACACCUAGAGGGGCAGGGAGUAAUUUGCAUCUCAGGUAAAGUGUGAGGAGACAAACAAUGACUGAUUUUUACAUAUUUGUAACUUCUGCGUGAGUCUGCAUUUCUUUGAAGGUUUUCAGCAUUUACUAAUUAUGCAUUUUCUAAACAGGAGGUAUUAUCAUCACUUAAAACUUCGCUGUUUGCUUCAGAAAAGAAUAGUUAUAUCUUCCCCCUUUCCCUUACAGUCACAACUGGUUAUGAGUAGGUUCUGCUUCUUUAUAUGGAUAGCAUCUGCGGCUCCAAUAUUUGUAUUCAUUUUUUUUUUGCAUACUAAGUUAGGGUUCCAUUCUCACCCAGCCCUACACCAUACCCACAGAGGUGUUCCCUCCGCUCCUCCACCUUCCUCCAAAUUUAAGGAAGUGUGGAAGUGAGAGGCUAAUCUCCCCUGCCCCCCCACUCUCUCUCCUCAUGUGCACCAACUCAGAUUCCUGGUAGGAACUUAAAAACUUGAUACCGCAAGUUCUCCAGACACUCACCCAUUGGUUGGCAAUCAGAUGCUGCCACUUGCAACUCCUGCUCUUAGGGGAAGGGAGGCCGUCAGAGAUGCCUGCUCUCCAGAGGUUUGGGCGGAAGUGGCCACCUGCUUGCACCGCAGUGGAGGAGGAGUGUGCCCUGGCUUUUCUGAGGAAAUUUCAUGGCAAGGGAAGAGAUCGUGUUUCCUCCCGUGCUUUUUUUUUUUUUUUUAGGUCAGAUUGAGACCUAAAAAAGGGAGACAGGCAGAGUAGAUGUCCCAGUUUGUUCUCUGAUUCUCUAAAAAGAACGUUUGGUUUUCCUGUGUAGGGAUAAGAUUAUUUCCUAGUCAAGUCUUUUUUAAUUCUGGAAAGCAAAACACCUAAACGCCACACCCAAAGCCAAUUUUCCUGGCAUCCUAUUUGGAUGGCAAUGGGGAGGGGGGAAUGCUUUGGUAUUACGAUUAGCCAGGGGACUGCAGAUGGUGACAGUCACAGCCCGGGAGUGGGGAGAUUGCAUUUUGUUUCCAUUCUCUUGCUUUAAGCUGCAAGAUAGUUGAGGGAAAAGGGCAGUGAGUUAUGUGAAUACCUAUGCUAUGGCUGUUCUAUAAUUGCUGAGAAGUGAUUCCCAGGCUUUGGGAGCUCUUGGGAAUCUGAAUACAUCAGUGGAAUUUCCUUCCCCUGUGGGAAACUCGUAGGAUCAUUUGCUAUGUUAUGCCUAAACUGUAUGGAUUUUUUUUCUCCACAUACCUAAGUAAACCCACUGUAAGGAUGGUCAUUCUUAUUCUUUCAUUCAGAUAAGUUUUUCCUUUAUCUGGGCACUGAAGGGAUACGCAAAACAAUGUUAACAAUAUUUUUGGUAAUGCCUUCAACUAGGGCUCAUUUUGUUUAACUUCUUAUAGGAAAGCUUGAGUGAAAUAAAUAUUGUCUUUUUGUAUGUCA